AUGGUAGCGGGCUUUGCGAACGCGCCGCUGACCAAAGCGGCCAUCGUGUGUAUGGCACUGGGGUCUCUGGUGGUGUCGCUGCUCGCCGCCAAGCCCUAUUUUCAGUUCCGAUGGACGCCGCACAUCGCGAAAUAUGGACAGUACUGGCAGGCGCUGACCUACCAUGUCGUGUAUACCAAUAGCUCCGAGAUGCUGCUGGGGUCUUUGAUCCUGUACCAUGCGGCGCGCAUGGUCGAGCGCGCGUUUGGGACGAAAAAGAUGGGGCUCUUUCUCCUCAUUACCUGCCUACUGCACUCGCUCCUCUCGCUCGCGUGGGGCAUCGCCGUGGGCGGUGCAGUCGCACUGCUCCCGACAAAGCUCCAAAUGCGCCCGUGGAUCGAGAAACUGGGCGCUGGGUACCUCCCAGGGGGUCCGUUUGGCGCCUUGGGCGCCCUUGUCUAUCAGUUCUACCAGACGACGCCACCGCUGUGGACGAUGCGCAUCAGCGAACUGGAAAUCACCGACCGUGUGCUUGUGGCCGUUCCCAUGCUCUUGCUCGCCUUCUCCCAGCCGCCGUACUCGGUGGUGUCUGUGGCGCUCGGCGUGCUUGCCUCGGUGACCUACAGCGCGGCGUUUGCUACGUUUGCUAUUCCCGACACGGUCUACCGCCCACUCAGCCGAAUCCUCGGUCCAUGGGUCGGCGAGACACGCCUCCCAACGGUCGUGCCGUCUGCACUGCGCUCUUCGCUCUUUUCGGCGCCGCCGACACGGUCGGGCACGCCGCAGAUGCCGUCGUAUAUCCCGGCGCAUGUACAGUACAUGAUGAUCUUUUGCCCGCGGCUCACGCAGCACCUCGCGGCCGAAGAUCCGGCGCGCCUCGCCGACCAAAUUCUGUACUAUACGAGCCUCGAGAACGCCGUAGCGCAGGCGACGAUUGUGCGCCAGGUCGCGCUGGCCAAUGCACUAACCGAUUUCGCCUCGUCGGUGCACCGCCAGCACCACCCAGAGACGGGCCUCCGCCGGCUCGCCGUGGGGUCCAAGGCCCGGCGCCUGAUUCUCGUCGAGGUCCAGCCGCAUUUCUGGCUGCAUGUCUGUAUCACGACCGCACAGUGGAUUCCGCCGAAUCGCAAGCCGCAGCGCCUGCCGUGGCUCGUCGAGGAAUGGGCGCAGCGCCAGCUCCAGGACGCUUGGGAUAUCUGGCAGGUGCUGGAGCAGCGCCUCGAGAACCACUUUUCGAAAUGGGUCUGGCAAUGGGACGUCGAGCACCAGCGUGCAUCGCCACUGCACGCCUCGGCACCGCCGCCGACGCCGAUAGGGAUCGUCGCAGAAACGGUACCGGAGCUGGGCGGAUGCACAUUUGUCGACGCCGAGCACCUCGCCAAGCCUCUGCAGUGGUUCGACGGUGCGGUAAGCGCAAUGGACGGCGAGAAACCACUGGAUUUGGUCUUGCUGCGCGACGACCAAGUCCUCUGGCCCACGGCACACUCGAGCGCGGCUACGGGAGGCUUAGGUGCGCAGGACCGCAGAAAGACGGCCAUGUAUGUCCUCGCGCACCUCGUGGGACUCGACAAGGCGCGUGAAGACGAUGUCAAGGCACGCGCCCGGGCGCAUGCCUCGGCGCAAGCCUCGGACGACGAGCCGGGGCUCCUCUCGCAGCCGUUGCCGGGGGUGGGAGCCGUGGCCGACUUUUUCUCGGGAAGCUCGGCUUGGCUGGGACUCGACAAGAUGUGGCCGGGCGACGGGGAGAAGCGCCAAAGUCAAAGUCCUUCGAAGCCGGUACGCACUAGUAGUCCUUUGAUUCCCAAAGGCAAGGGCAGUGCGAGCGAGACGCCGGCCACACGCGAACCAAAAGAGACGGCUCGUCUACCCAAGCAGCCCCCUGCCCAUCUUGCCCCAAUCGAUACCAAAGUCGCGUCUACGCCUCCGCGGACCAGCCCCGCCCAAGGCGCGCUUCCUGCCUUGACCGAUUCGCCUGUUUCCACGCCGGUGGCUCCUGAGCUGGACCAAGAGCCCCAGGAGGCACAGCUUCCGGCCUCGCUAAGCACGCCGGACACGCCUACCGAAGCCAACACCGAUAUACCCUUCCCUGUGCGCCUGCGUGAGCCGGCCAAGCUCUUUACAACGAGUGCGCCCUUCCAGGCCUUUCACGAGCGCAUAUCACAGGCAAUCGGCACGACCAAAGACACGGAUACAGAGGCGCCCACGUCGAGCACGUCGGAAACGACACCUUCGAACACGGACGUAUACGACGUCACGCAGGCGUACGCGGCGUGUGUCGUCGCGAACCUGCCUGAGCCGCAAUCGUCGCCACUGCGCCCAUCGAUUGGAAAGCGCACGACCGAAGCCAGUGUGCCGCAAGUCGCAAAGGAACAAGCGGUAGCAAGUUUUGCCCCUGCCCCUGCACCUGCGGCUCCUACUCCUCCUUUUCUGCCACGCAGCAACUCGGAGCGCCAGUUUCCGGCCAUAUCGGCGUCGCGUGCGGCAUGGUACAAUUCUCCUGCACGCCCAAGCAGCCCGGCGACGUACCUCCCGCACGACCCUGCGCUCGAUGGCUGGGGCGAGGAGACGCCCGCCAAGUGGCACCAUGCGCACCUUGCGCUCGAUGAUGGUGUGCACAUUACAUAUACCACUCGCAAACUCCUUACGAUCGUGCUAAUCUGGCGCACGAAACCGGCCGAUGCCGAUGCAUGGCUCGCCCUGUCGUGGGAGCUUUUGCGGCGCACGCAGCGCGUCGUAAACGACGCGCACCUGCGUGCGUCCGACAGCCCGCUCGACUACCUGCACAUGGACGACACGGCGGCCCUGUCGCUGAACGAGCUUUCGACGAUCCGGCGUGCCUCGAAAGAAGUGCGUGCGAAUGUUGAGGGGCAGCUCCUUGCAUCUGAGCGCAUGCUCCAGCGGCACCAUGUCAAAGAGACGCUCGCGCGCGAAGAGAACGGCGCAUUUUGGGUCGCUGCGCGCGCGGCGCACUCGGACCGCGACGAUGUCGCGCGCACGUUUCUGGUGCUGCAUGGCAGCGAGCAGCGGCGCUACGGUAUUGCCGAGUGCGACCACCAGAUGCGCCGCUUGGCCGCGCAGCACAGCGACUUUAAUUUGUAG